AUGCUAACCAAAAUCUUCAUUUUUUCCAAGCAGGGUGCCACAAUUGUAGAUCAGAUUGUUACUAUAACUCCGGCUGAAAACUAUGUUCCUAAGCGUGAUACACAGGAAGUAAGAAUGAAUUCUGAUGGGAAUGGUAGAGGAGGAGCAUAUGUUAACAAAGCGCAAGAUGUGGUGGGUACGGUUUUGGCGAAAGGAUCUGCUUUAGGACAAGAUGCAGUGAAUAAAGCCAGACGAGUUGCACCAAUUCAGAGCCAAUGCAAGCUUCAGGUUUCAGAUGAAACCAUGGCAGCAAUAUUUGCAGCCAAGAAGAAGUUAAACGACACUGGUUCAGCUGUCAAAUCAAGCAGGUACGUGACUGCUGGAGCUGCUUGGUUUAGUGGCGCUGUCAGCAAAGUGGCGAGAGUAGGUCAGAUUGCUGGCUCAAAAACCAAAGAAAAGUUCAAUCUAGCCGUCUCAGAUAUUACUUCCAAGGUUACUCAUCAAAACCAAUCCAUUUCAUGGUUUUGUAGGCGGCAAAAAGUCUGUUAG